AUGAGCAAAUCAAAACCAAAUCAAAAUGUUGUCACAGCAUCCAAUAUUCUUCAACCACGACAACGUAUGACACAAAAUUAUCUUCUCAUCUGGGUAGAUGCCAGCAUCGAUGCGAAAAAUAAGAACUGUCAGGACAUAUUGAAUCAACUGAAAAACGUGAUCAACAACGUCAAUUUAUGUACUCAACCGGAUCAGUGCAUACAGUUACUAAAUCAGAUUGAUAAUGAACGAGCCUUUGUUAUAAUCUCAAGCGCUAUCGGUCAACAUUUAGUUCCAGAAAUUCAUGAUAUGCCACAGUUAGAUACAAUUUACAUUAUCUGUGACAAUCAAUCCAAACAUUAUGAAUGGACUAAAAACUGGACAAAAAUCAAAGAUGUCUAUACAAACAUUAAGAAAAUCUGUCAAGAAUUGCAAUUGGCUGUUAAGCAAUGCGACCAAGAUCUCAUAGCCGUAAGUUUUGUUACCAUGAAUGAAAUGGCUUCGACUGAUAAUUUAAAUCAGUUGGAGCCAACUUUCAUGUAUACACAGAUAUUCAAGGAAAUUCUCCUUGAUAUCGAAUAUGAUCGCAAGGCAAUCAAAGACUUGACUAUUUUUUGCCGCAAACUUUUUACCGAUAAUAAAAGCGAAUUACAAAUUAUUAAUGAAUUCGAACGUGAUUAUUGUCCGCAAAAAGCAAUAUGGUGGUAUACACGUGAAUGUUUUACCUAUAAAAUGCUCAAUCGAGCACUUCGAACAUUGGAUGCCGAUACAAUUAUCAACAUGGGCUUCUUCCUACGUGAUUUGCAUCAACAAAUUCAACAGCUUUAUGAACAACAGUUUGGCGCUUAUGGGGGAAAGUCUUUUGUAGUUUAUCGAGGACAAGGUUUUAUGAAAUCAGACUUCGAAAAACUUCAAAAAACAAAAGGUGGACUUAUGUCAUUUAACAAUUUUUUAUCUACCAGUAAAAAGGAACAAGUGUCUCUCAGUUUUGCUAAAGAUGCUGCUGUAAAACCCGAUAUGGUAGGUAUUCUCUUUAUAAUGUCUAUUGAUCCUAGUAUUAAAUCAACACCAUUUGCCUCUGUUAACGAACUUGGUUAUUACGAGGCAAAAGAAGAUGAAAUUCUCUUCUCAAUGCACACCGUCUUUCGAGUAGGCGAAAUUAAACAAAUGAACAGUAAGAAUCAACUUUAUCAAGUUGAAUUACAAUUAACGUCGGAUGAUGAUGAACAAUUACGAUUACUUACCAAUCGGAUACGAGAAGAAGCUAGUGGUAGUACUGGAUGGCGAAGAUUAGGUAACUUAUUACUUAAAAUCGGUCAAUUCAAUAAAGCUGAAGAACUUUACAACGUAUUACUCGAACAGACAUCUGAUGAAGGUGAAAAAGCACUUUAUUAUAAUCAGUUAGGAUUUGUUCAUUCGAAUCAAGGUAAUUAUGAAAAGGCUAUCGGGUAUUUCGAACAACAAAUAAAAGUUCAGCAAAAAACUCUUCCCUCAAAUAAUUCUUAUUUGGCUAUUUCAUACGGUAACAUCGGUGGUGUUUAUGACAAGAUUGGAGACUACUCGAAAGCACUUUCAUUUUAUGAAAAAGCACUUGAACUUCAACAAAAAACUCUUCCUUCAAAUCAACUUCAUUUGGCUACUUCAUACAGUAACAUCGGUAGUGUAUAUUACAGCAUGGAAGAAUACUCAAAAGCACUUUCAUCUCACGAAAAAGCACUUGGAAUCUAUCAAAAAGCUCUUCCUUCAAAUCAUCCUGAUUUAGCUACUUCAUACAACAAUAUCGGUAGUGUACAUGACAAGAUGGGAGAGUACGAAACAGCGCUUUCAUGUUACGAAAAAGCACAUGAAAUUCUCCAGAAAACUCUUCCUUCAAAUCAUCCUCAUUUGGCUGCUUCAUACAACAACAUCGGCAGUGUGUAUGAUAAGAUGGGAGAGUACGAAAAAGCACUUUCAUUUUACGGAAAAGCACUUGAAAUCUAUGAAAAUACUCUUUCUUCAAAUCAUCCACAUUUGGCUACUUCAUACAACAACAUUAGUAAUGUGUAUUACAAUAUGAAAAACUAUUCAAAAGCACUUUCAUAUUUAGAACAUGCUCUGGACAUAUUUCAACAUACAUUACCUCCAACUCAUCCUCAUAUAAAAGCUGUGAAAGAGAGUAUUGAAACUGUAAAGAAGAGAUUAUAA